AUGCCUCAAUCACCCUUCUUCGCCUACCAGGUGACCCUGACCAUCGCGCUUGACCCUGACAACCAUACCUCGAUCUUUUCCCGAGUAGGCCUGCCACCCAGCAGCGCCGACAGUGCCCCUGUUACACUCUUCCAUAUCCCAACAGAAAUAUUCGACUCCCCCUCCCAAACACGCUGGCUCUCCUCGACAGCAGAGGAGCGUGCCGCUCACAUCCGCCUGCAGCAGAGCAGGAUGCCUCAGCACAAAAAGGAGGUGGCCGCGCAUGUGGCCAUGAGCCUCUCGCUGGGUAGAAUGGUGGGGACGCUGGCUACUGCGCUGGGCUUACCGUACGGGUGGGAGCUGAGAGUACAAGGUGGGAGGAAGGUGGUAGAGUGCGGUACUGCAGAGGAUAACGGAGGCUUGCAUGACAUGACAUUGGCUGAAUUUCUUUGUCGACCUGCAACAUCGAGAGGACGGACGACGGUCGCUGCUACAAUACGCUGGCCUAACAUCGACGUUUCCGGCGCCGUAUAUACUUCCAAUAUGGGUGAUCGCAACAGCGCGUUCAUGUUCUCGACCCUCCUCCUCGGCCUCUCCAGCGCACACGCGGCGCAGACUGACGACAAGAAGCACAGCUACGAGCAACUCUGCCCGCCCAAGUGCAGCAUCACGGGAGCAGAGAUAGACAACAGUGGCGCCUACCUCUUGCCCCGAGAGAUGGCCGACUGGCGUAUCACGUGGACGCUGCGAGGCUUGCAGGAGGCGUUGCACCCUUUUGAGGGCGAGUUGCCACGGAAGCUGGAGGACGCGCUUGGAUGUUGCCGAGGGGCUGGGAUCGUUGCGGCUUCGAGAUCGAAAGGUGCGAACCUCGAGCCGCAGCCCGAGGCGUACUGCCUCAAGCUCAUGAGCAGGGCAAGGCGCAACUUCCGUACUCGCCUGCCGCUCGCCCCGGAGCUGGCUCGGGCUGUCCAGCUGCAAUACCUUUGGCUCCUCCCGCAUGCUGAGCAGGCGCAUUGGAUCGAGUCAAGGCCAAUGCCCAGCAGCUUGGAAGAAGCCACGACUAACUCGAGUGGGAAGGGAAGGAGUCUGGCGACCGACCUGAGUCACACGGCGCGUCUACCGGCCUUGAUCGUCGCUGCGGCGCGUUUCGCUUACGAGCGCUUCGCAACCGGAGCACUGCAGGACAUCUUCAAGGCUAGGGCGCUACUGAUGGCCGAGGAGGUCGAGAGGCAGCAGAGCAGCGAGGCUGGCAUGGAGAUCGAGGGCCAGCUCAAGGGAUUGGGCAUCGAUGUUGACCCAUCGUCGGCCGUAGCGGGCGACUUUGUCCACUUCAAGAGGCCAUCAGGAUCGGAGAAGACUUCACCAGCAACAUCGGUGAUCCCAUUCCCAACCAUCCAAAGGUCGGACCACCAUGCAGAGAUCAGGGACGAGCACCUUCUAGAUGACGUUCACGGCAUCCACGAUGAGUACCAUGAUGAGAUCCAAGGAGCCGCCGAUUAUGGUGCCAUGGACACCGACGAAACCGGAGUGGACGCUCAUGAGACCGCACUGCGGCGCAUCAGCGCCCUUUCCCACGCCUUCGACGCUCUCUGGACCAACGGCAGUGCAAUCGAGCUCAAUCGCACCCUCACUCCCUCGAAGGAGGAGCGAAAACAACGCCACUUCGUCUCUCUUGCCUCGCGCUUGGCAAUCUGGUACGCGCGGCUGUCAGCUCGCUGCGUACUCACGCACGACGCAGGGAUGCGCUGCCUUGUCGACCAAUUCGUCGGGCUGGAGCGACUAGCGGCGGCAGUGCAUCGAAGUGAGCCUGAAGUCAUUCGUCGUCGUAGUCCUCGCCUUACUGAAAGCGCGCCACACCGGAAUGAGGAAGCGCAGCUCUUCCUUCGUUGCCUCGAGCAGGCAGGGGUAGACUUUGAGGAGCUAGACGCCUACUUCUCUGGCGGGGCCUCGGGUAGGUGGGAUGUUUCGUCGAGGACUGUGGGGGUGCAGAUUAAGAAGCAGCAGGGGGCAGUGUUCUACGCUGUUUGGCCUCUGGUGGCUGCUGGCGAGAUGGACGGUGUGCCCAAGAGGAGGCGAUGA